CCUUGACUCAGUCAGCAUUUGGAGUUUGAGCCGAGUGGAUAUGUUGUCCAAAUUGAGAAGCAGAAGAAGCCCAAGUUCAUUACUUUGUUCGUUCUGAGUCUCAUCGAGCCUCGAUUUUAUUCAGCAGCUUUUCAAAUAACGUUCCUUUUAAAAAAAUCUCAAAUUUUUAAUUGCAAGUUUUCCAGGUAAAAAAAAUAUUCCAUAAAGGAGUCGCUUAAACGUCAAAAAAUCUCAAUUUCUUCAAAAUUUUCGUCACACAAGUUUUCCAGAUACAAAUAUUUCUUAAAAACUUGAAAUACUACACUUCUUUUUUUAAUUACUGCAGCAAUUCCACGUAACAAAAGGUUGCAAAAAAUACUGUAAAGUCCUGAGUUUCUACAAUCAUUAUCCGUGUGUGAUAACCGACUUUUUCCUUCAAGUUCUCCCUUACAAAAAGUUUCUACUCUCCCAUUUUUUCUUCUUGGAUAAAUUAUUAUGAAGUAAGAAUAAUUGAAGAAAGAAACUUCUUCUCUGGGACGUUCCAAUUUUUUUUAGCAAAUUGCUAAAAGAAUAAAAUAAUAAAAAAAACUUUGCUAAAAACUCAAGCCAAGCAACUAGUAGUGCGGAAUCUAAAGUUAUUCAUUUUCUGACAUUUGUAACAUUGAUUACUUCUUUUUCUGAGAUCACAUUUCUUGGGUGGAAGUCAAACUUGCGAAUAAGUGAAUUGUGAACUUUUUCCAGUAUAUUUAGAAACGUGUUGAAUUGGUGUUCGAGAUCAAGAAAAAGUUUCCGAAUCUGCAUACAUACAAUAACUAAACUACUUAAUCCACGUAUUUCUGGAGGAGCUGGAGGAGAAUCUGCACAUUCAACAGUCGCAAAUUUCUUGGGAUCACAGCCAGGAUCUCGCCCAGAAAAAGGAUUUGUUCCCCCACCAAGCAACCAACGUCUUUAAUGUGACAUUGACAACUCGCUAGACAGCCAGCAAGUAAAGUAAGCUACUCACCCCUGCUGCCAGUCCAGGAAAUCUGCCCCGCAUCUUACUUACUUACUUAUCCCUUCCUACUUCCAAAUCAAUCAUAACGAAAAGAAAGCACGGAGUGAAAGUGCAACAACAUAAGAACUGACACCCCGUAACGGACAGAGUCAUCGUGGUUUGUGUGACACAACUGUUGUGCGACGUAGUGUAUCUUAUAAAAUAAUAAAAGGAGUGGACUGUCGAUCAAUCGAAUUGUCUUGUCCGGAUCUGGAUCAGCGGAGGGAACAAGAUGAGUGACCCGGACAAUGGAGGAGGAGGAGGAGGGAGAUGUCAAGUGAAAGUGAAGGCCAGCAUGUCCCCCAGAAGAAGAAGAUCUCACUACUCAUCCUCAUCACUCACCCUCAAUCACGUUCUGCCGAGAGCUUUCUUCCUCUUGGUGGGAAUCUUUUGUGCACAUUCCAAAGGCCAACCCAACUUCCAGGACACGAUGCAAAGUCCGGUGGCCGUAAUUCAAGGGGAAAAUGCGCCCUUGACGUGUGUCGUUCGAGAAUUGGGGGAAGCGUCGGUAGUGUGGAAAAAAUGGGAAAACGGAAAAUCAGGCCCUAAAAUUCUGACGGCUGGAGAAGUCCGCGUCACUUCGGAUGAAAGAGUUCGGAUCAUUCAUGACCAAGGUGGGGAUGUCUGGGUUUUGGCGAUAAGGGACGCACUCCCGAGCGAUUCUGGUCUCUACAUUUGCGAAGUUAAUACAAAUCCUGUGCUCAGGUCAUUCCACAAUCUCACCGUCAUAUCACUCGAAGUAGCUCCGCCGAAGCAUUUUAACGAAACGCUAACUUUCACCAUCCCUCCGCCCGGGGAAGACUUUCCAUUCCAAGAGUUCUCUGAAAGUUAUAAGGGCCAAGGUUCGAUCGGCAGCCAUAACUAUACUUCGUGCUGUGUCUCGCAAAACGUGUCGCGGAGUUGUUUGGGCUUUUGCACACUUCAAUCCAUCCUCGACGGGUCUACCGGAGAACCGUCCCAAUGCGAAAAUGAGUUUCCACGAAUAGUCAAAUGCAUGGCGGACGGACGGGACCACGUUCCAUGCUGCGUUCGGGAAGGAGUGCCCGAUAUCUGCCAGGAUUUAUGUCGCGGAGAGUACACCAUAGUCACUGAUAAUGUUAAGACACAUUUCUCAUGUCCAACAUUUAUCGAGAGAACCCUCGCCUGCAUUGCUGAUGGAGUUGAAAUCCUUUCCAGCGAGCCAGUAAACUUGGUGGCACAGGCGAUAAGUCAGUCAUCCAUAAAUGCGUCGUGGUUGGCACCCGCAAAAAAUGGGGACACAGUAACGGAAUACGUCGUCAAUGUUACAACACUUCGAAGCUAUGACCCGCCAUAUACCGGAUUAGGCUACGGUCCAGACUCCAGUAGCAGCAUUUCGGGGUCAUCUAGUCCAAAUGUCAGCAUCACAACGUCCGUCUCAACAACCACGUCGACAAGUUCGGUCAGCAUCAACCACCGCGGAAGUCAUGGGAUUGAUAUCUCGUCCGAGGAGAAAGUGGAAGCUUUCAUGAGACAAAUUAAGGUUCAUGGGGAUUUGACGAACGUGUUGAUAACACAGUUGCAGCCGUUCACCAUGUAUGAGAUAUCAGUGAUUGCAUUCAACAUUCAUGGUCGCUCGUUACCCUCCAACCGCGUGCGGACGCUUACCUUGGCACCUGGAAUUGUUCGUCCAAAUUCAACCACACCCCCAACCCUGCCAGACAUUCAGACGUGCUGUAUCCAAAGUGGAGUCAACUCUGAAACUUGUGUAGCCAAGCUGUGCGACCCCAGGAAGACGACGACCCUGGAAAUUCCCGACUUGAUGAUUUGCGCCCCCUGGACACCACAAGUUUUCAAGUGUCUGGCCGAUGGGAAGGAUCACACGCCGUGUUGUCGUGAAAGAGGUGUCCCUUCCCCCUGCUCGGACCUUUGUUCCGGAAAUGUUACCAAGUUGGACUACCAUUACUUCAAGUGUCUCCGUUACAUGUCCGAGUACUCGAACUGUCUCAUGGACGGGUAUGGCGUCCUGCCCUCCGCGCCGCGACAAGUCCGCGUCUCCAAUGUCAACGAGGACUUCGUCUUUAUCCACUGGUCACCUCCGGCCGUCCUGGUGGAAACCGUGACCGGCUACAAUAUUCAUUACAGACCGUUGGGAACAUUCGAAAAUUUGUAUACACACAUCAAAAAUGUUCAUUCACCGUACAUUUUAGAAAAUCUGUACGCCAACGCGGAAUAUGAGGUUUACGUGGAGGCCGUUAAUGAUCACGGUGUGAGCGAGGCGUCCCAAAGGGUCGUGUUCCGAACGGCAAGUCAGAACGAGAAAAAUGCAGAACUCGAAGCCAACUCGAACCUCUACAACGAAACGGCAUGUUGCGUCUCGGCCGGGCUAAGUCCGACGUGCAUGCCAUUGUGCAGUUAUGAGGCGUCCAUGAGUGACAUCAGGACCCUCGCGUUUGCCUGCGCGUCAGAAUUUCACACCAUAUUACGCUGCGCUGCCGGAGGAAGGGACCAUUCUACUUGUUGCGCAAAGAGAGGCGUCACGGAAUCCUGCAUUGACGUCUGCUCCGCCAAGGUUCCCGAUUCUUUGAAGUUCGUUGCAGAAAAUUGUCUCCCCUUUAUUGGAAACAUUGUCCAAUGUUUUGACUCAGGAACUGAAAUUAUUCCUCCUGCUGUUGAAGAAUUCCACGCAUUCUUGGUAACCGAUUCCUCCGUGGGUGUGGCUUGGGACCCUCCCGUCGGCUAUAACGUGACUCAAUACCAAGUCUUCUACCAGUACCAGAAUCCCGCAUCAAGUCUGAGCAAACCCUCUGAUCUCAAAUCGGUGAAUGUCACUGAUACAUCGACAGAAAUCACGGGCCUGGAUAAAGACUCGAUGUACAAGUUUUACGUCGUGGCGGUGAAUGAGCAUGGGUCAUCGGUUCCGUCGUCAAUGGUGCAACUUAAGGUGUCUUCAACGGCAUUUGACGGAAGCAAGAUUCCCGGAAUUGUGUCAGCCCCCCACGGCCUCGUCGUUGCCGGUCAUGGAGCCACGUGGGUCCAGAUAGUCUGGCAGCCACCAGCGAUUGCCCAUCCAACGGAUAAAAUCACGUACAAAGUGUAUCAUCGCGGGGUGAAGGAGUCGGAAUACCAGACGAACGAGAGUUCCGUGAAUUCCGUAACUUUAGACGGACUCAAGCCCAACUCGCAGUACAUUUUGUAUGUCACGGCCCGAUCAAAUGACGACAAAGGGGAAUCUCAAGCCUCUGAAACAUUAAUCGCGUGGACCGACCCGGCCCACUCUCCCUUUGUUGAGCCUCCACGAAUCCAACCUUUGAAUCUGCUCAUUGAAGGGAGGUCAAUGACGGUCGUGUGCGUCGCACUGGGCGACCCGACGCCCAGCAUUUCCCUCUAUAUUAACGGGAAGCUGAUGAAAACGCAGAAAAAUCGACAUUUGACUCAAGUCGUGGAGAAUAUUACGAGAGAUAUGGAUAUCGUGUCAUGUUACGCGGAUAAUGGCUAUGGGACUCCAAUGCAAGCUGCCAGAAGAAUCCAAGUUGCACAUUUGCCCAGCAUUUCCGGCUCCGACGUGACUUAUGCUUCUCUCGGAGAUUCGGCAAGUAUUGAAUGUUCCGUGGUUGCAUUUCCAGAGCCCAAAGUAGCAUUUUGGAGAUCCUCUUUGGAACGUAUCCCCAUCGUGAACGGGGGAAAUUUCCGUAUCGAACAUGUCGACGAUGCACCUCUGCCAUUGUUGGACCAACCACACAAAUCGAAAUACGUCCUAAAAAUUAUGAACGUUUCUGAAGAAAGUAUCGGUAAUUACUCGUGUCAUGCUGAAAAUGCGAUUGGAGAGAUGUCCAAGACAUUUAUCGUCAAAACGAGAGAUCUUCAGGACUCAAGUAUGAACAUCACGGAAUGCUGUGUCAGAGAGAAAGUGAGCGAGGGGUGCAUGGACGCUUGCUCCUUUUUCAGUGACAUUGAGUCCAUCCUGGAUAAACCCCAGUGCCUCCCAGACUUUGACAAAUUGAUGAAAUGCUCCGCAGAUGGACGUGAUCACCGAGCAUGCUGUGCUAACUGGGGAGUCCCUCGAAGGUGCCUUGAUUUGUGUAGAGGAGAACCCGUCUCCCUAAAUCCUGAUCUUUGCAUUUUACAAAAUUCCAAGCAAAUUUUUAGCUGUUUUAAGGAAAAUAGAGAUAAAUUACCUGGACCACCACAAAACGUGAAGGUGGAAGUCAUAUCAGACACGGAAGUAAAAGUGAGCUGGGAAUUCCCAACAAUUAAUCCAAACACUGCGACUGUCUACAGAGUAUUCUGGAGACCGAUCGGCCAAAAACUGUCCGAACGACAAGAUACGCAAACGACCAGCUUACGAAUCGCCAACUUGAAGCCGGGUCAUCACUACGAAACGGUAAUUAAAGCUGGAAAUAAUCGUGGAACCUCCAUUCUCACCGAGCCAGUUGGAUUUACGACGGAAAACAAUUUUAUCGCGUCUGCUAGCACCGCCGGAGGAUCAAAUGUAGCGCUCGGAUUUGGAAUUGCGUUCCUUGUCUGCCUUGUCCUCGGGGCGGCGGUGGCCUCAGUAUGGUUUAUUCGAAAUCGUCAAUUUGGUCUCAAGCCGCCGGGUGCUAUUGCCUUUGAGAAUCCAUCUUAUAUCCGGGAAACUAAUCCCGAUAUCCAUAUGAACGGGGAUGGACCCUCGAACGGUUCUGUGCCCAGCGUGUCUAACGGGGUCACGGCCAACGGGUGGCACACGGAAACCCUCCAUCCUCCCCGACCAGAGACUGAAGUUCCGCCCACGCUGUACGAAGAACUGCGGCUGGGGUCGGAAGGCGUCGGAUUUCGCAGACUGAAAAACUAAACUUAUAAUCUUACAUAAGUAACUAUCCAUUUUUCAUAAUUGAUGGGAGCACCAAUCAACAAAUUAUGUAAAAAAAUCACUCGAAACAAAGUACAGUAGAGGUUAGAUUUUCUCCGACUGCAAGUAAAUAUUACGCAAAUGACUACAUAUUUACAUAUUAUGUAUCACAUUCUUUACCGAAUCUCACUCUUUUUUUACUACUUUACUACUUUAUUUGUUGGACUUUACUACAAGACAAUCUCACAAUAUCGUCAGUGGCCGCCGCGGAAGGGUGCGGACAGAGGGGCAAUGUCCCCAUCAUCCUCGUCCUUUUUCCCCAUCGAAAAUGUCCCCAGAUGUCCCCCCACCCCUUCCGCGGCCACUGAAUAUCGUUAUCAUAAAAAACAAAGCAAGCUAGCAACAACACGCAAGAUAAGCCAAGCCACUAGAAUAUGGUAAAUAUGUAAUUGAUUUUUCCUUAUUUGAAAAAAUGUGAUAUGACAAGGUGGGUGGAUAAAUCGGAAAAUAUGUAAAUGUUGUGACAAUUUUAUAGGUAUAUAAAUAGAUCUUAAUUGUAAAUAGCAUUAUUUAUAAGGUGAUAAAUACAUACAAAACAGAAUUAUUCUUCCGUCGCUGUUCGACCUACACAAUUAAGAGCAGAGAUGAUAAGACGAGAUGCGUGUUGUGAUUUUAAAACGGUUUUAAAAUGUUACUUUAAGAAAGUCAUUUUGUUACUUUCUCUCCUCGUAAAUAUUUCCAUAAAUAUAUUUCGUAUGAAGACUAGUCGUCCGGUUGUUGGAUGAAUGAUUGCGAUAUAACUAGUUCUUAGGAUUAGUUAGGGGACGUUCAUAAAUUAUGUAACGCGAUAAGAGGGUCUAAGGCUCCAAAUGGUAAAGGGAGAUCCAGAAAAUCGCGAUUUUUUCCCCUUACAUAAUUUAUGAACGUCCCCUAAAUGAAUUAAUAAGACCGAAUGCCAUGUUGUGACCACGUCCGAAAAAGUGUAUUACUUAUUAAAUACUACACCUUGUUAUGACCAGAUUCUAGUUUAAACUCGAUUAUUUACUACUGAAUAUUAUCAGCAAACUAAAUACCCCACUGUUUAUUUACUUGCUUGAGAAGAUAGAAAAGUUAAGCUGGUUAGUUAAUUUGCUCAGUUUGCGUGUUAAGUAAUGCAUAUUUGCAUAGAUAAUUCCACGUCUUGGCAUACGUAGCCUUGAUUAACUAGGGUUCUUGAACCAGUUUUUUAUGGGACUUGAUGAAUGGCUGACAGCUAAUGUGACAUGGAGCGCACUGUAUCUUAUCGGGUAGUUGAUUUGAUGUGUGUUAAAAGGUUAUGAUAUAAAUCUACAUAUUUACUGAACUUGACUGCAAAUUAUCAUUUUUACAUCGAUGAUCCAAUCCAAGGACAGAUUAAUAUUAGUAUAAAUACACUUUUCGACUACGUGACUUAUGUAACUGAUGUCUCAUACAUACGUAAAACUAUUUACAUUACCCCGUCUGGUAUGUAUGUAAGCAAGUCAAUUUAUACAAACCGUUUAUAUAUAAUACUUGAUGUUAGUUAAAUAUAAUUAUUAUUUAAGUUAAGUAGUUUACUAUACAAUUAUGUACGUAUUUGUAUCCAACGAUCGACACAUGAAUCGUGACGAUGAAAAAACCUGAGAAAAUUCCAUGAAAAGUAUACCUUUCGAUACAGACCCAAUACGUUAAUUGGUAAUGAAAUGUGAGGUAAAAUGCACUGCUAGAUAUAAUUAAAUAUGUAAUUUUAGAACUUAAGAUAUGUUGAAUUUUGAGCAAAAUUAUAUAAUAGUUUAAAAGCUAUGAUCAUACAUAGUAUUUUGGAAAAUGUGGAGAGUCUCGUCAAGGAGAGAUGCUGCUAAUCGUUGAAAAUUAAUUAUGUUAAUUGUUGUUCCAAUGUUUUAGUUUCUUCCUCUCGUAAUACGUGUUUAUUAUCCAUAAAUGUAUAAGCGAGAGUAAGCUGUUAUACAAAAAGUAAUCUGGCCAUGAUCAUUCGUGAUGUGCCAGGUAUAUAAAUUUCGAAAAAAGAAAUAAAAACUUGUGAUAUGAGAAAAGAAA